CUCUCCUUCCUCCCUUCGCGGGGUACCAACUGCCCUCACGCCUUCUUCUUCACGCCGGGGUUCUUAACUCCUUUCCCCGAGGAGGUGCCCCUGGCCCCUCCAGGUCCCCUCCAGGCCGCCCAGGGGGUUCCGGGGGGACUCGUCAGUGGCCGUGCACGGGCCAGUGCUGCGGCCCCGUGUCCCUCGGCGGAGGCAGCCUGUGACGGGGAUCUCCUGGGGCUAGACGUGUUGUGUUACCUUCCACCACACCCACCACGCCUGGGGUUGAGGUGGGACUUGUUAGGUCUGUCUUGAGUUCCUCUGAAACCAGCCUGGAAGAGACUCCUGGGUUCUGCAGUGGUGCCUGGGAGUAGAGACAUGCUUGGGGCUUCCUAACUUGGCCUUCCCAGAAAGAAAUAACGAUGAUUUUACAUCACGGGCAUGUACACCUUGAUAGCACCGAACGCAAGUCGAAGGCAGAAGAUGCAGAGAAUUGCUGAGCAAGAACUGGCAGACCUGGAGAGGUGGAAGCAGCAGAACCGGGCCAAACCGAUCCACUUGGUGCCACAGCGGCUGGGUGGAAGCCAGUCUGAAUCUGAAGUCAGGCAGAAGCAGCAGCUCCAACAGAUGCGAUCUAAAUACCAGCAAAAGCUAAAGAGAGAUGAAUCUCUACGAAUCAGGAAGGAAGCUGAGGAAGCUGAGCUCCAACAAAUGAAGGCGGUCCAGAGGGAGAAGAGUAACAAACUAGAGGAGAAAAGGCAACUUCAGGAAAGCCUCAGAAGAGACGCCUUCCGAGAGCAUCACCAACACAAAACUGCUGAGUUCUUGAGCAGACUGGACACAGACCGGAGAAAGAGAACUGCCUGUCAAACUGCUCCUCAUGCUUCCCAGUCCUCAGUAUGGAAACUUCCAGUCCUGCCUAGAGAUCCCAGUUGGGCCAGUAGCCAGACACACAAGGAUUCUCUACGGAAGGAAGACAACCAGAAAUUGCAGAAGAUGAGGGAUGGACAACAUCAGAAGAGUAAAUUACUGGAAACUAAAGGACAGCACCAAGAGGAAGAAAGAGCCCAAAUCCUUCAAGCUGAGCACUGGAGGGUAAAUAAUGCUUUUCUGGACCGACUCCAAGGCAAAAGUCAACCAGGUGGCCUCGAGCAGUCUGGAGGCUGUUGGAAUAUGAAUAGUACCAACAGCUGGGGUAUUUGAGAAACAGUCACUACCAUCGGGCUUUCAUCAGCUGACCUUGAAAACCCUCAUGAGAUGCUUUUCCUUCACACAAUUUUGUUUGGCUUCGGUCUUCAUAUCUCAACUUCAACUGCCCACCCACUCAGCUGAGCGGUUGUGGGUGGCCAGUUUUCCUCUGUCAUUAGUUAUGUGUGGAUUUAGAGGCUCAUUACCGACUCGUGUUUAAUCUCUACUGCCAGCAUAAUGUUACCUUAUUUUUCCUAAUUAGUUCUGCCUCUUAUUAGAAGGCUAAUUAGAGCAAUGUUAGUAAAAUAGUAAAAGGGAAUCACGUGACAUUCAAGGUAGUUAGAGCUGUGGAUGCUGUAGGCUUGUGUCUCCUAAUUGACUAUUUUUUUUCUUUACUAAUUCUUACAGCAGGUUUGGGGAUCCUUUGGGGUCUUUCUGAAUUCCUACUUUCUUAAUCUACAAAUUUGAGCAAAAGGAGAUCUCUUAUACUUUUAUAGACAAAUUUAUAAAUAAAUUCCCAACUACUUCUGUAUAAAUGGGUCAUUUUUUUAAAAUGAAAAGUUCUCAAAGAGUCUGAUUAUAACAUUCAUUUUUACAGUCCAUACAGAUCAAAUACAGUAGGCAGUCACUCUUGGGUCUUUUCUUGGUCUUUAUACAUUGAUUAGUGCUGUUCCCCUGAUUUUCAAAUGGGAAAAAUUUGUUUAUUGGAAAGCCAAUAUGUUUAUAAAAAUUAACUAGACAGCUAUAGCCCCUUAUCUGAUUUGUAAGUAUGAGGGGAACUUAUCUUUUCUGUGUUCUAUGGAGCCUAGUUUAAUUAGCUCUCCUGUUCAAGCUCCGUGACCUUGAACAAGCUCAUCAUUCUUAGAGUAAAAGAAUAUUGAUCUGUCUACUAUGUAGUUCAGUCCCACAGCCACCUUUCCAUUCUCUGUGGUGCAUUGCAUUUAGUCUUUCAUAGAAUUAAGGUUGGAGGAAUGAAUGUGUGUGUGUGUGUGUGUGUGUGUGUGUGUGUGUGUGUGUGUGUGUAUAGAUAAUAGAUAUAUAGAUAGGUAGAUUACAGACAGAUAAGUUAUAGAAAGAGAAUAGAUAAAUGACAGAAUAGAUAGAUGACAGAAGAUGGAGUUGACAGACAGGUAGGUAGACAGAACUCUAAUAUUUAUUAAACCAAUAAUACUUCGUAGCAUCAAGACAUCUUCUAUUUCACCAAAUGCCCUGUUAAGAUUAAUUUUCCAGAUCUCUAUAUUCAGAGAAACAUUGGGAUUUGAAAUCUUGCGCCAUGACACAUGACUAGGGCCAUGGUGCCAUGCAGAAAGCUCCAUACUGGGUGGGGUGAAGGUGGCUAAGAACAAAUGGUGUUCUGGCAAUUUCUCUAGAACAACAAAAAAUGCAGAUACUUUUGUUUUCCUGUUCUCUGCCAACAGAAGCUGUGUGAGUGCUGCUGACACUGAUAUGAAAUGUUUGGUCCAUUCGAAACACUUGUUGUCAUAUAUGAAGAAAGCUGAAUCCCUCAGCCUGUGUUGGAAACACUGCCAAACCAAUUGUAAAUGUGCUGUGGUAGCAGACGUUUUGCUGCCAUGGCAAGCAGCCACUUUAGCCAUACACCCGCUAGCCUGGCUCCCUCACAGAUGUGUUUGGUGUGUGUGUUCAGGAAUGGUAUUCCCCUCUGCGGUGACCGUCACUGUGGGACCAGGGGUAGGUGAAAGGAUACGUUCUUCUUUGGAAGGCUCUUGGGGAAGUUGGCCCGAAUCUCCUUCUUAGUAUAUGACAUUUUCUGUCCUCCCCAGCAGAUUGUUCGUGUGUCUGGUUCCACUUUUUUUUUUUAAGUGCAGGUAUGGAAAAUUACAAUAUCAUGGCUGAAAUUAUGAAUAUGUAUGGGCUGUAAGUAUCUUUCUUAAGGAAUUUCUUGAAGUAUGUAGAUGGAAGUUGCUAGGAAAGAAACAUGAGCCAUUGCCCGAGGGACCCUACUAUUAUGCCUUUCGUAUUUAACCAGCCUUGUUGAACCAAUUGGAAUGAAGUUUGACUUUUAGGUAACUCUGGAUAGGAAAUCCUCAAGUCCUGUCUGUAUUUCUAUGCUUUGAGGGAGCUUUCUUUUUUCUGGGAAAGAAGCAAAUUAUUGUAAAAUAAUUUAUGUGUUAUAGAAAUAAAUAUUGACUGCUACAGAUAAGCAAUUAACAAAUUGAUAAUAUUUCAGGUUUUAUUCCUAGAUAGUUAAAAUUAAACUUUGUUGUGUAUCCUUCUGGAUCCUUUCCAGUACAUGUAUCAAAGGAUGCUGUUGGCUGAGAGUGAGCUCCUAGAGUUUGAACUGGUGAUUAAAAUACACACUGGUGAGGUUGUCUUAAUCCACUCAAGCUGUUUGAAGAAGCUUCCUGAGUCUGGCUAGCUUAUGAACAGCAUAUUUAUUCCUCAUAUUUCUGGAGGCUGGAAGUCCAAGACAGGGGGACUCCCAGACUUGAUGUCUGGGGAGACAUCACUUUCUGGCUGACCUCCUUCUUGGCAUGUUCUCAUGUAGUGGAAGAGGCAAGGGGUCUGUCUUGAGCCUCUCCUAUAGAACACUGAUCCCGUUCAUAUGGAGUCUAUCCCUGUGACCUGAUCACCUCCGGGAGCCUCCAUUUCUUAAUGCUUUUCACUGUAGGGAUUGGGAUUUGAACAUAUGACUUUGGUGGGAUGAUCUGUUAGUUCCUUGUCUCAUCACUGUGAUAAAUGCCUGGCAAAAACAGCUGAAGGAAGGGAGGGAGGUAGGGAAGGAGAGAGAUAUGGAUUAAUUUUGGCUCAUGGUUAGAGGAUGCAUUCCAUCAUGGUGAGGAGGGCAGGGUGGCAGGAGUUUGAAGCAGCUGGCUAUGUUGGAAGCAGAUGGAGAUGAAUUCUAUUGCUCAGCUCAUGUAUUUCUCCUUAGAUUCGGUCUGGGACUACAGUCCAUGAAAUGGUGCCACCCACUUUUAGUGUGGGUCUAUCAGUUAAACCUCUCUGUAGUUAAACCAUUACAGACACACACAGAGUUUUGUCUCCUUGGUGACUCUUAAGUUCUGUAAUACUGACAGUUGAUUAACCAUCCUGUGGGGAUAAAAACAUAGGAGUCUUGACCUAAGUGAUAAAACAUUCUUCUCAAAGGGCCCUGCUAGUAUUUAUCAGCACCAGAAGUGUACAACAACACCCCAAUACAUGUACUUUCUCUAAUAGAAUUAGUGACUUUAAAUCUUUGCCUAUAGAAUGAGUUAAACAUGUCAAUAGAGGGGUUACCCUCUUCUUCCCAUGUGCUUCCUGCUCAGUGGCUUCAGCUUUGUGGAGAGGAGAAUUUAGUUGUGUGUAUACUUGCUUGGUUUGCAAAAGAUCUGUCUAUGCUGAAGUGUGAUUUCACAGAUAUUCUUUUAAUUUUUUGUGGAGGAUUUUAGCCUUAAGUCCAUUAUUGAAGUUUGAAAUAUUUAUGUAUUUCAAUUUACCAAUCUUUUUCUUUUAUUUCUGCUUGGUAUCCAUUUGAUCAAUUUUAAAACAUACAUAUCAACACUUGGCCUAGUGGUCAUCUGAAUCAAACAAAAGAUACCAGCUUCCUCAUAGUAGAUUUAGUUCUGAGUGACAUAGGAUAGAUUGUCCCAUUCCUGA